AUGUCCCAGUCCUUCAUCUAUUACAGCCCGCUGCGGCUUCUCCUGGAGAAAUACCUGCAGAUCAUCAACCACCUUUGCCUACCAUGUUUUGCCUUGCUUGUGAUACUAAUCACGACCGUCGUAAUGAUCAAAGGACUUAUAAAGUCUAAUAAUUUUAUGAAGAAGUGUGUAGCACAGACAUCGCCAAAAGCAGCAGAUUUACAGGAAGUAGCUGAACAAGAAGGUGCCAUCUCUUCGGAAAAUCCCACAACUGAUACUGUCAAUCACAAACACAUCAGAGACAAGCAUCCCAAAAAUGGGCAUACAUCGAUUCGUAUUAAAUCUAAAGAAGACUACAAGGGAGUUAGCGCAAGAACUAUGCGCGUAGCGAAAAUGGUUUACAUCCUGGCCAUUAUUUGUUUUCUUUGCGACGCUCUGCGUUUUACGAUCAUGACCUCGUUCUACGCUGAUGCGGAAAUGCGUCAGGGCGGGUCCAAAGUCUUGGCGUUCAACGUCUUGUGCGCCCUGGUCUUUUUGGUGCAGAUCGUGAACUGUUCUGUGAACGUAAUCGUCUACCUGACGUGCAACCAGAGCUACAGGCAGAUCUUCUUCUCCCUGUUUGUAUUGCAAUCCAAAAAGCCCAAAACAUCGUAUCAACUUGGAUCUUGUCGCUCUCACAGUCUCGUGACACGGCAAGCCAAAAGAAACUGCAAUCGAUCGUAG